CUUGGUGACUGGGAGAUGGGCGAGGAGGGCACGGAGCUUCGGCCCCUGCUGCCGGAGGAGGCUGGCAGAUCGCAGCGUGAGGAGAUCCGGGACCUGCGCGCCACCAAACUCAACAACAAGGACAUAGGUACGCACGGCGGAUUGGAUGACCGUGCCGAGGCCACGUGCAGCCCCUCCCUCUCUCUCUCUCUCUUGUGUGGAAUGGAUGGAUUCUGUUGCGCUUUGUCAGAAAACUUGGAUGAGAACUCUAUCGAGCGCUAUGACGUGAGCAAUGACGCACCAUGGAUGGAUGGAUGGUUGGAUGGAUGUGGAUGGAUGUGUGGUUGCGUUGAUUCGUGCCCUCAGAUUUGUUUUGUGUUCCCCGGCACCGCGGACAAACAGUUCGCGAAGACCAAGGACGAGCCGAUGGACGCCGAGGAAGCCCACAAAGCAUUCACCAAAGCAUUCUGCUACAAAUACUCGGAGAAGGGCCCGAGCCCGGUAUGGCCAGCCGACACACCACACACACACACACACGGAAACGGAAGCAUUUCGCCGCAGAAUGAUGAGUGGGAGAAGUUCUAUGAGAAGCCGGCGGACCCGAACGAAUGGCAGAGUAACACAACAUAACACGCACGGCGCGCAUGCGUCCAUACUGUGUGUUGUGUGUCUGACAAACGUGCGGCUGUCACAGGCAUGGGGCUGACCAAGGGCAAGUUCCAGGUUGGUUUGUGAUGCCACACGCACCGUGUCCGCACUGGUCUUAUGUCCGUCUGUCUGCGUGUGUUGUGUGUGUAGGAGGAGAUCCGCAGGGCUGUGGGUCGGACGUUUCUCAAGCUGGGCAUGGAAGUGUACUGCUUCCGCGCAGAGGACGAUGAGGAAACCUUCAUCAAAGUACACACACCACACACCACGCCACACACGCGGAGAGGGGUCGCGGGUGCACGCGUCCGUGCACAUGUGUGUGUGGUGUGUGUAUGUGUGUCUGCAGGUGCGUUUGCCGGACGAGAUUGGUAAGUUGGUGGCGGACCUGAACGAGUACCCCCUGCAAUUCGACGCUCACGUCACCGAACUGUCCACCACAUUCAGGUAAAGGCCCGCGGCACACCCAUCCCGCACACCACCCAUUCAUCGCCCUUCAUUGAUCGCCCAGCGCCGACCCGAAGUUGUACGACUACACGCCGCCGUACUAUGCGUAUGACGAGGACGCCGAGGACCCCUCGAGGCAGUGGCCGUCCCUCGACAACAAAACCGACGGAAAGGUCAGCCACGCACACACACACUCGCACACACAAUCGGUCCGGCGCGCAUGCAACACGGAGGGCUCAUGUGUGUGUGUGUGUGUGUAUGUGUGUGUGCAGGUCUGGAUGCGUUACGAUUUGCUGAGUCACCGCAUCAUGCCCAAGCUCAAGGACAAAACCGCCAACGUGUGGACUGCCAACCCGGCAUACGACACGAAAGCAAGAGAUGUAUCCCUGUUCAGGUCCGUCAAGGCAUGACCAACCAACACAUACACACAACCACAUCGAGGCAUGAGCUGCCUACGCGUGUUGUGCUGUCGUCAUAUGUGUUCAGGGCGGUCGACCGCGUCCGUCUGCUGACCAUCGUGUUGCAGCAGUACAUCAAAGUGGGCGAACUCAUCAACCAGGUCCAUGUGUGUAUGUAGACACACACACAUGGAUGCCCUCAUUCAUGUCUCCCCUCCAUCCCUCCCUCCCUCCCUCACGCACACAGAAGGCGUUGUUUGCCGAGAUGUAUCUGCACCAGGCGGCCAACCUGCAGCCGCUCGCCGACGAGUGGUACGCACACACAUGGACUGACGCCACACGUAGACCCACACGCUCUUUCUGCACGUGAUUCGUGUAACAGGGCAACUUUGAAGAAGUGGUACUCGUUCGAGCAGCCCAUCGACAAGAUCCGAGACUACUUCGGUCGGCAGCGCGUGCAUGGCCGCACACCCAUAGACGCGGGAGCCGAUGCAUGUUGUGCGCGUGUGGCGUGUUGUGUGUGUAGGAGAAGAGUUGGCGUUCUACUUCGCGUGGCUGGGGGAGUACACCAAGCUCCUCAGGUGGCCCUCGCUCAUCGGUAACAAGGCAUUCCUUCAUUGUGCAGGAGAGGACACCACACACACUGCAUGUCAUCUCAUGUGAUGUGUGUGGUUAUGUGUGUGUCAGGCACGUUUGUGUUUGCGUACACGUGGUGGGCCGACCCCAACGGACACUUCGCCUCCAUCUCGUGAGCCGAGUCGAGUCGCGUACCGUUCCAUCCACCACCACUGCACUGCAGCCAUGACAUGUGAUCGAUGUGCGUACGCCGUUGACCGUGUCAUGUCAGGGCGAACAUAGCGUGCAUCAUCUUCUGCUUCUACAUGUGCCUCUGGUCCACAUCCUUCCUGGAGAUCUGGAACAGACACGGUCAGUCGAUAGUGACACACAGACGCCAACACGAAGAGAGGCCAAUCCCUUUGUGUUGGUGUCUGUGUGUCUCGCAUGACAACGGCAGAGUGCAAGUGGCGUUUCGUGUGGGGCAUGGACAACUACUCCAAGAUCGCCCUCGAGCGGGCAGAGUAUGUGGUACGUCCGUCAUCCAGCGAGAAGGGGAAGGCACCGACACACAUGCACCGACACACCUGUGGCUCUCCCUCUCUCCCUCUGUGUGCGGGUGUGACACAGUGGACGGAGGAGAAGGAAUCGCGGCACAACCCGCGCGUGAAGGAAAAACGAUAUCCGUUCUGGAUGAAAACGGUCGGUGGGCCGAGACACAAUUGACGUUAGAGACACAUGAGGCACGGGUGUGUGUUUGGUUUUGUGUGAUCGAUCUAUCAGCUGCGGAUGUUGUGUUCCAGUUCGGUGACGGUGACGUUCAUCAUGUCGGUCCUCGUCUGUGUGGUCGGCAUAUUCUCAUUCAGAUACUACAUGAAGCAACACCAAGGCACGCACACACGCAAUUGACCCACACCCACACCGACGCACCCACACAGAGGCACACACAUGCCCAUGCCUUUCCUGACUCCUUUGUUGCUUCAGAGCUGUUCGGCUGGGCGGGCAAGCACGGCGCACAAGUGGCGGCCAUCGUAACGAGACACACACACACACCCCACAUACUCAGCCACGCGCACCUGUAUCCGCCUGAUCAUAUGUGUGUGUGUGUGUGGUCAUGCAGGUGAACAGUGUGCAGAUCAAGAUAUUCGACCUGAUAUGGUCCAAGGCGGCUCGGAGCCUCACCUACCUGGAGAACCACCGGUUGGUUCAGGAACACGAAGACUCGCUCAUCAUCAAAAUGUUCCUCUUCAAAUUCAUCAACGGUACACAGACACACACGCGUAUACACGCACACAUAAGUCAGUGAUGGAUGGAUGUGUGUGUGGAUGUGUGUGUGGGUGCAUCGUGCGCAGUGUUCAACACGUUCUUCUAUCUGGCGUUCUUCAAGGAGGCCGUCGACCCCUGCCAGCCCAUAUACCUGCACAGGCAUCCACACACAAACACAGCAAACACACCCGGCACGGCACAGCCAGACUCCUCUCUCCCUCUCUCCCUCUCUCCCUCGCUCUCUCUGUGUGUCAUGUGAUGCCAUUGUCCAUCAGCUGCAUGUACCAGCUGCGCAUUCAGGUGGGCACCAUCUUCAUCGUCCAGCUCUUUCUCGGAUUCAUGGAAAUCGGCGCACCGUACGCAAUCAACCAAGGAGACACCAAAGACUCCUCUCGAGCCACGUGCAUGCCAUGCCGUGAGUGUGCUUCAUUUGCAGGAUGGUCAAGUACUGGUGGAACCUGCGCAAGGAGAAGGGCAAGCUCACAUACACCGAGAAACAAUUCAGACGCGUACGUCACACUAUCCCACGCCAACAAGAGACACACACAUAGGCCAACGGGUGAUGUGUGUGUGGCGACGGCAUAGGACCCUCACCCCGGAACGUUGGAGGAGUUCAUGGAGCUAGUGCUGCAGUUUGGGUUCGUCACGCUCUUCCCCGUGGCACUGCCGCUCGUGCCGCUGCUCGCACUCUUCUCAAACCUUUUCGAGGUCACACACACACAGGGAUGGAUGGAUGGAUGGAUGGGCGGAUUUCGCACACUCAUUGUCUGUGUGUGUUGUCUGUGUGUCCAUAUGCAGAUCCGCACCGACGCCAUGAAGAUGGUGUAUGCGCUGCAGCGACCAUUCCCAAUCGGCGCGGACGGAAUCGGUACAGACUGACAUAGAGAGGGAGAGGGAGAGACAGAGACAGUGGCGAUGUGUCUCCGUCUGCAUGUUCUGUAGGUGCGUGGAAGGGCAUUUUGCAGUGCGUGACGGUCAUGUCAGUGAUGGUCAACGUGGGCCUGGUGUGCUUCUCGAUGCAAAUAUCAAACACACUCGACUGGUUCUGGAAAGUGCUCAUCUUCCUCAUACUCGAGGUAACCUCCCACAGAUCUGCCCCUCCACCCCACCCCACCCCCCAGCACACACACACACACCCAUCCCUUUGUCUCUCUGUAUGCGUGUGUGUCGAUCAGCACAUCAUCUUCGGGUUCAAGGCGUUGGUCAUGUACGUCAUCCCGGACGAGCCCGAGAGCGUCACCAUCGGCCGGGCCAGGGAGAAGGAGAUCAUCAAGGAGGCCAUCUCCGGCAAGGAAUCGGACAGGGAGCUGGAACACCACAAGAUCGAGGUCCGUGGGGGGGUGGAUGGAUGGAUGGAUGGGCCGGUCAGUCAGACAUCAAACAGAGGGCCUUGUAUGUGGAUGUGUGUGACGCGGUUGGUGUGUGUGUGUGGCUGCAGGAUAUCGAUGGGCGCCUGAGGGAGAAAGACAACGAUAGUCCUAGAUACUGCCCAGAACCAGGCAGCCCAUGAACGAAUGAACCAACAUACAUACGGGGGCGGUAGUGAGUGCCUUAGAUGGAUGGGAUGGAUGGAUGGAUGUGUGUGUCCAGUGGAGUGGAGUGCCUGUGUGUUG